AAAAGCCCAAAUCGACUCGAGACUGCGAGGCGCGGCUCUCAAUCGCAUUCGCUUCCGCGUUGGCAAAAACUCAAUUGACGCGACGAUCCGGUUCAACAGACCGCAAACACUCGCGAUUUGAGCCAUACAGCCGCGAGGCCGGGUCACCUCUCCGCGCGAGCGCUGGACAGUCGUGCGUGCCGCUUGACACUAUUAUUGUUGCCGCGGUGCUCGCACGAUCGGAUUUGGAAGGAUGCGCAGCGCCGCCUGGCUCCUCGAGGCUCUCGUCGUCGCGUCGACCGCGCGAGGCGUCGCCGGAGUUACAGACGGAGCCGGCUGCGGCGCGACGUGCGGCGAGCGCGACGCGAUCGUGGGGGCGGACGGUAAGUGGUCCGCGGUGCGCCGGGCGGUUCUCGACGACAACAAGGACUGGCCGACGCGCGAGGAGAAACGCUUCGGCAUCACGCUCCGUCUCCCGCGCGUGCCUGAUGGAUUUGAUACGGACAAGACCCACGUCUCGCGUCCGGCGUUCUUUAGGACGGACGCGUUUAAAUAUUGUGUGGACGCGCGGCGGCCGUGGCCGACGGGCUGUAGCUCUAUCGGUUCCUGGUCGCUGGUGCUGGAAUUGACGUCCUAUGCCGCGACAAUAACGUCAGCAUUACUCUUCGCGUUCACGGGCGACUUCCUGGCGAACCGGAAGCUGUUUUCGCGGUUCUUGCUCUUCAUCGCCUACGAAUGUCUGCUGGUCGCCGUGAAGGUGGCGUAUCAAUUGUUAAGGGACACGCCGCCGUUCGAAGUGAAGUUGCAAAGGAAGCGGGUGAAUUUCUUAGGGAGGAAGAUCGUCGCGGACGAGCCGGAUGAAAGGAAGGAGGAUAGUGAUGAUGAAUCUGAAGAAGAUGAAGCCCGACACCCGUUGAUCGUGCACGACCGCGACCCGGAGCAGAACCUGGAAGCGUUACGGAACCCGGACGCGUACCGGCAGAACUUGGCCUAAGUAUCUAUUACCCCUACUUAUACGCAGCAACUAC